CAAAGGUUCAGAAGGAAGAUAUCCUGAAGACAAUCAUCCUUUGUCCGCCACAUCCUUGCUGGCACCAUCGACCAUUGAAGAACUAGGCUCUCCUCUCAGUUGUCUUCACUUCGUCGGCCCUCUUUUUCAAAAACCAAUCUGCGCAAACAGUACAACCUAGUCAUGACGUCCCCGCCGCCCACCUACAUCACGAAUCGAGCGGGGAAAAAGGUCCGGAAUCCGAAGCACAUCGCAUACAUGCGACAGAAAAACAGCAAGGCCCAGAAAGAUACAGAGAACGAGACGGCGCAAAUCGCCGAGGCACCCGACACCAGCGAAGACGGCAAAGAACCCCACGGCAACGAGAAGCGCGACGAUGGCUACUACGAUAAAUUCGUCGACUUGUCCAGGCCGUGGGAGACCGCGGGAGAUCUGGCUACCAACCCGGGAGCCCGCUGGUGCGAGCGUGAAUUCUCCCGUUUUCGGGAGGUCCAGAGGGUGACGGUCGUCGAGGACGGAAAGCUCGUCGCCGACUACCGUCGCAAAGGCGUUGGUGCCGACGAGACCCACCAUCUAUUUUCGACCACCAAGGCGGUGAUGUCCAUGCUCAUUGGUGCCGUGAUGGAGUACUCCGAGCUCGUCGAGCUGAAUGUCACCGACACACUCGGUGAUAUCUUCCCCGACGACUGGGCCUGGCACAAGCUAAGCGGCGAGGAGCUGGAAUACAAAAAGUCCAUCCGCGUGGAGGAGCUUCUGACCAUGACUUCCGGGUUGAUUUCGAUGUUUGGCGGCCGGAGAGGCAUCCUCCACAUGAAAGAAGUGUCGAUUGCGGAUGCUCCUGGGUCCGACCUCCCUCGGGCCCUCGCCGCACCGGCGUGGGACCCCAAGCUCCGUGGCAAGUUCAAGUACAUGCCUUCUUCGAACAUCCUUAGCUACGUCAUACACCGCAAGACGGGCCUGUCCCCGAGGGCCUUUGGGGAUGAGUACGUCUUUUCGAAGCUCGGCAUCGACCACGACAAGAUGGACUGGGACGCCAACGCCAACGGUGUCGAAACCUCGUUCAGCCAGCUCCAGUUGACGACGCCACAGAUGUGCAAAAUCGGACAGCUGUAUCUGCAGGACGGCCACUGGUGCCCGCCGGCUGACGGCGAAAAAACCUCAACCAUCCUCUCGGAGGACUGGAUAAGGGCCAGCCACACCAAACACGUCUUCGGCGACACAAAGGCUGGCUUCGACCACUGGUACGGGUAUCUCUGGUCGCUCUACGACCGCGAAUACCACGGAGUCCGCUCGGCCGGGGACUGCUGGUCAGCUCCCGGCCUGGGAGGGCAGCUCAUCGCCAUCAGCAAGGAAACCAACCGCGUCGUCGCUGUCAGCCGAUCGCUCCCCCCGCCGGAUCCCAAGACACUGAUCCACCACAAGAAGCUCUGCAUCAAGCUCCUGGGAAACACCAUGCACUACCAGCCGCAAAAUGCAAACACCAAAAGCAAGCACGGGUAUGGGGGAUUGCCCCCGCCAUACAUCAGGAACAAGGACGGGAAAAUGGUUCGCAACCCCGAGUACAUCGCGGCAAUGACCGAGGUCAGCGAUGGGCUCAACAGUUCCGACAUGGGGGGCGGACGGCUGGCCAUGGCGGAGGUCGACGAGCACAAAGAGGAGGAAUGAACCUGUGUUAUGGAUAAAGGAUUUGCUGAUACUUCCGGAAAAAACGAAAUGGAGCCUGCUGCAUUUCGGACUGUGGAAUAAAAUCGGUGGCACUACCCAACUCAGCGCACAGGCCAAGGGAAUGGUGUCAUUGUCCGUACUUCGGUGGACUAUCCUUCUUAAAACUCUAGUUCGAUGAUCGAGGUGUCAUGAAAUCAAAACAAAAGAGUUUCAUACGGUGGUGCGUACGUAAAAUCCAGAAGUGAUGGGAUCAUCGGUAUUGUAUAUUUGCAAUUGAAAAAAGGCAGCCGUUAAAGUAAAAACACAUAAUGUUUAUUAUCAGUCAUGUACUGGUGUCUUUUGUUUUGUAAAAAUAGAUUUGUAAUUUGAACGGUUGGUUCCGGAAAACAACAAACCAAAGUUUCCUAGAUGACCACAAGAAAUGGAUAGCUAUUUAUGGAAUAAGGAAGUUUUUGAUGAACAACCACAUUUUUAACCAAGUGAAUAAUAUAUACAAAAUCAC